ACGCAGAGCGAGAUAAAUGGUAUCGAGAGACUUGGGAAAACUGUGAAUCUUUCUCCAGUUCGUCAAAGCCAUUCCAAUGCGUGAGGAUUUUGUACGGUGGCUUUUCGUGUUGGCAGUAGCCUUCCAAUGGAGAAAUGGGGCAGAAGCGCUCCGCUGCUACGCCUGCACGUACGUGUCCGGCCAGCAGAGCGACACCGUGUGCAUCGAUGACCCCGAAAAGGUGGAGGGUCAGCGGAUAGUGACAUGCGACAAGAAGUACUGCACAAUUAUGCGCCAGGAGCUGAAGGAUCCCGCCGGAAAAGUCAACAGCUUCGUCAGGGACUGCGUAGAGUCCCCGCAGUUUCUCAAUGACAUGAUCGAGGAUGCGACAUUUAAGACAUACUUUCGCUCUUGCAUGACUGAUCUAUGCAACGAUGGAGAUGGCAUAAGAAAUGGUGAUUCCAUUCUAAAUCCCGACGGCAAUGGACCCGGAGAAAAUCUUCUCGUCCCCGGCAUCACUGGAAAAGCCACUCUGACCCACAAAAUUCCUGCUUUUCUCACCCUCACACUGACGUUGUUCGUACAGUUCGUCCGUCGACUUCAAUAUUUUCAUUAAUGUGCAAAUAUAUAUUUCUCUUUCUCCCUGU